UAGUCUAACGUUAAUUGAUCGUUAGGUAACAUAUAUCGAGCAUAAUAGAUGGCUAAUAAGAGUGUUAGUGUUAGUGAGAGUAAACAUAAUGGGCUUAAAACUAAAACGCACAGUGAAGUGUCUUGUUGGAAUUGUUUAAAAAUUGAUGACCCUGAUUGGGAUCCUGAACCGUUGACUCUUCGAGGGAUAAGGAAGCAUAACCGACAUAAGUUUAGAUUGUAUCCGUUUUUCGCCUCGGAAAUCAGCAAACCAAAAGCUCUUCCUUUAUCUCAGAAAGUAAGUGAACAUUAUUCAAUCGGCAAAAAAGUAGAAGAGAAAAUAGUUAAGUAUGCUGAAAAGAAAGAAAAAAAUAUUGCAAAAGAAGUUACGCCUCAAGUAACCGAAAAAACAGAUUCAUCUAUUGAUCAGGCAUUACCUUCAAAUGUAGUGAAAGGAACUACAUCGCAAACUGAAAAUGCAAGUAAUAAACUGCGGCCACCAUUUAUUGAAAAUAGUACAAUUGUUAAAAUCACAGAAAACAAACUUGGUGCUGUGGAAGUGUUUGAGACGCAAAACGCUACGGAAAAUAUUAGUAAACGAUCAGUAAAUGAUUCUAGUAAUGACAUCGAUGAAAUUCAGGCCACUAGUGGUCAGAAAAAAUCAGAUAAUAGCGAUGAACUGCGCGCAAUUAAUAAAAAUGUAACUGAAGAAAUCGUUAACUCUGUUAAAUCCAAUCAAACACUGCAAGAAUUAAAUUUCGAUGAUAUAAAAAAUGCAAAGAAUAUAAAAUUUAUAAGUCAAAACAAAGACUUACAGGCAAUAGGACAAAUUAAACAAACGUCUCUUGAUUCUUUGACGACUCAACUUGAUCCGGUAAAAGACGUCGCAUCUUGUGAAAACAUAAAAGAGGUACAAAGAAACACUAGUAAUAUCUCAGAAAAUAUUAGAAGUACAGAAAUUAAAAAAAUUCAAUUACAAGAUUCUGUCACAAAUAACAUAGAUCACAUUGAACCAGCACAUAUAAUUUCUGCAAUACAAUAUCAUGAUCAAAGUAAAAUAACUGUUCCUAUCGAAAAAAUAACUCAGACAGAUUAUGCUGAAACGGAUCAGAAAUUUCUGAAAAAAGAUUCAACACAUACAAGGGAACCAAAAUCUAAAAUCACUACAACCUCAUAUGAAAAUCCAGUAAAAGAACGUGUGUCUCCUAAUAUAACAGCAAGUUCUUUAUGCCUCAUGGGUGGAGAGAAUUGCAAAAUAUCAGAAGAUUCGAAGAAUUCCAAAAUAGGCUCUGACAUAGAAGAAACAGAAGCAACUCAACCAACAUCUUUUAUUUCUUUAGAAGCGGUUACACAUCCAGCAAUGGAGAUCGUUCCUCCAGGUGAUAUAUCAUAUAUUCCAAAAGGCAGAAUAGAUUCAGAAAAAUCUCAAAAUAAUGAAGAUCAACAAAAGAAUGACUUAAAAGAAUCCGCACUUAUCGAAAAAAAAAUUCAAUCGUCCCCUGUUAUUGAUUUAUCACCACGUAAAUUGGAUGUAAAAGAACAUCAAGAAGAAUUAAAAAAACAUGGUAGGAUGGAUAAAAUCGAUAAUGUUGAGCCAAUUUUCUCGACUUCUGUAGUGCCAAAAGAUAAAAAUCAAGACGAAGAAAGAUGCCAUACCAACAUUUUGAUACGAGAAAGUGAAAAAAGCCCAGAAGAGUUUGUAGAUGCGAAUACACUGAUGACAGAUUCGGUUACUAAUAUUAAAGCAGCUGGCUUGGAUAUAAAAGAACAAUUUAAAUCAACUUCAAUUUCCAGUAUGUUGUCGCUAAAAGAACACAUUCCUAUAAUUACUAAGAAUCAGGAGAAUAAAAGUGAUUUUGAAACCUUGAACAUCGUAAAAGAUAAAGAAUUCCCGAUGAACACUUCUCACAUGGAUGACAAUAGUGAUGCUUCUGAAAAUAUUGAAAUUAUACCUUUUCCAGCAAUAGUCACGUCACUGGCACCAGAGAUAAACCCUUUAAAAGAUAAAUUGGUCUCUGAAAAUAUAACAAGCAGUAUAAACGAAAAACUACACGUGGGAAACUCGAAAAUUGAGCAAUACACAAAUAAUUUACCAAAUUCAUCUAUUAGAAAAGGUCCCGAAACAACAAUAAGUUCAUCAUGUUUUGGAAUCGUAGGAAGUCAAUCUAAACCAAUUUCUUUAAAAAAUACUCUAAAAGGAAAAGACAUAUUAUGUGGAAUAGAAAGCGAUCAAGUAAAAGAGACAGAAGAUUCGUCUAUUUCUAAUAAGAUAAAUGAAGACCUUGGCGAAAAUCUGACGAAUGACAAAACUUCAUUGAUUAAGGAUACCUCUACCCAAAAUAUACCAGAAUUGUCAAUUAAACCAAAAGCGUUGACAAAAGAAACGGUAACAUUGCCAUCUGAAGUAAAAGAGCAGCAUUUAGUAAAGAACGAUCAAAUUAAGGGAACAGUUUCAGAUAAUAUCAUGAACGACUUACCAUUAAAUAUUAAUAAAGAUUCCUUAUCUUUGAACAAAGAAAUAGACCCCACAAAAAACAUAGAUAUUUCUGAAAAAGAAACUGAAAUAUCUCGCGAAAAUUACCAAAUAAACGACUCGCCUAAAAAAGGGGAACCAGAAUCAGAAUUUACAGACCUUACGGUACCGCCUUCAUCUGUAAUACCGGAACCUGUAAGUGAUAAGCCUAUUACGAGUACAGAGACUUUAAAACUGUCUACACCAAAGCCUAGUAGACUUCCGAUAAAAAUAAGUCAAGCUAGUCCUAAACUUCGUUUGGAGGAAACACAGGAUAGUAUGGAAAACGCUCUAAAUAAUAUAGUUUCUAACAGUCUGACACUUGCUACCUUACCUAAAUCUCCAAGAACACUUAUCCGUAGUGAUAGCCGUGAUUCUACAAAGAUGGUAAAUAAACCUGAAGUUGACACUUUAACACCAAAACUAUUAAGGAACGAAUCUACAUCUGCUAAAGUGAUAAAAAGUCCGAUACUUGCUACCUUACCUAAAUCAUCAAGAACUCUUAUCCGUAGUAAUAGCCGUGAUUCUACGAAGAUGGUAAAUAAACCUGAAGUUGACACCUUAACAUCAGAACCAUUAAAGACGGAAUCUACAUCUGCUAAAGUGAUAAAAAGUCCCACACUUGCUACCUUACCUAAAUCUCCACAAACACUUAUCCGUAGUGAUAGCCGUGAUUCUACAAAGAUGGUAAAUAAACCUGAAGUUGACACUUUAACACAAAAACUAUUAAGGAACGAAUCUACAUCUGCUAAGGUGAUAGAAAGUUCGAUACUUGGUACCUUACCCAAAUCUCCUAGAACACUUAUCCGUAGUGAUAGCCGUGAUUCUACAAAGAUAGUUAAUAAACCUGAAGUUGACACCUUAACACCUAAACUAUUAAGGAAGGAAUCUACAUCUGCUAAGGUGAUAAAAAGUUCGAUACUUGCUACCUUACCUAAAUCUCCAAGAACACUUAUCCGUAGUGAUAGCCGUGAUUCUACAAAGAUGGUAAAUACACCUGAAGUUGACACAUCGACACCAAAACCAUUAAAGACAGAAUCAACAUCUGCUAAAGUGAUAAAAAGUCCCACACUUGCUACCUUACCUAAAUCUCCAAAAACACUUAUUCGUAGUGAUAGCCGUGAUUCUACAAAGAUGUUAAAUAAACCUGAAGUUGACACUUUAACACCAAAACUAUUAAAGACGGAAUCUACAUCUGCUAAGGUGAUAGAAAGUCCGAUACUUGGUACCUUGCCCAAAUCUCCUAGAACACUUAUCCGUAGUGAUAGCCGUGAUUCUACAAAGAUGGUUAAUAAACCUGAAGUUGACACCUUAACACCAAAACUAUUAAGGAAGGAAUCUACAUCUGCUAAGGUGAUAAAAAGUUCGAUACUUGCUACGUUACCUAAAUCUCCAAGAACACUUAUCCGUAGUGAUAGCCGUGAUUCUACAAAGAUGGUAAAUACACCUGAAGUUGACACAUCGACACCAAAACCAUUAAAGACGGAAUCAACAUCUGCUAAAGUGAUAAAAAGUCCCACACUUGCUACCUUACCUAAAUCUCCAAAAACACUUAUUCGUAGUGAUAGCCGUGAUUCUACAAAGAUGUUAAAUAAACCUGAAGUUGACACUUUAACACCAAAACUAUUAAAGACGGAAUCUACAUCUGCUAAGGUGAUAGAAAGUCCGAUACUUGGUACCUUACCCAAAUCUCCUAGAACACUUAUCCGUAGUGAUAGCCGUGAUUCUACAAAGAUGGUUAAUAAACCUGAAGUUGACACCUUAACACCAAAACUAUUAAGGAAGGAAUCUACAUCUGCUAAGGUGAUAAAAAGUUCGAUACUUGCUACCUUACCUAAAUCUCCAAAAACACUUAUCCGUAGUGAUAGCCGUGAUUCUACGAAGAUUGUAAAUUUACCUAAAGUUGAGACUUCGACGCCAAAACCAUUAAAGACGGAACCUACAUCUGCUAAAGAGAUAAAAAGUCCCACACUUGCUACCUUACCUAAAUCUCCAAAAACACUUAUCCGUAGUGAUAGCCGUGAUUCUACAAAGAUUGUAAAUACACCUGAAGUUGACACAUCGACACCAAAACCAUUAAAGACGGAAUCUACAUCUGCUAAAGGGAUAAAAAGUUCGACACUUGCUACCUUACCUAAAUCCCCAAGAACACUUAUUCGUAGUGAUAGCCGUGAUUCUACAAAGAUGUCAAAUAAACCUGAAGUUGACACUUUAACACCAAAACUAUUAAAGACGGAAUCUACAUCUGCUAAAGUGAUGAAAAGUUCCACACUCGCUACCUUACCUAAAUCUCUAAAAACACUUAUCCGUAGUGAUAGCCGUGAUUCUACAAAGAUUGUAAAUUUACCUAAAGUUGAGACUUCGACGCCAAAAUUGAGACGUUUAAGUGACAUAAUAAAAAAGCCUGAUAAAAGAACAACAAUAGAUAGUGUACUUCAAGAUCUCACCAAAGGUAUCGAAAAUAUUUCACUGGAGAGUAGAGAAGAAACUUUAAGUCCUAUUGAAAAAAUAGAUAUAACAGAUCCCAAUGAUUUUGAAUCCGGAUACGCAGGGUCGUCUGGUACAAUGCGAGAACACGAGGACGAUUUUGCCAAAAAUACUAACAAGGCCAAAUCAGAAAGUGUUGAAAUAAAUAUAAACGUGAGAACGGCAACACAUACGCCUGUUCUGAAUAAAGGGAUACAAUUUAAGACUUCACUACCAGUUUUUCAAACACCUAAAAAAUUUAAUAUUCUAAAAACUGCUAAAUCGCUAUGCUCUAUUUCCGAUUCGUCUGAAAAAAAGACUACUACUAAAUCGUCACGAUGGAAUACUUUAGAACAUAUAAAGAAAGCGCAAACUUUAAAAGAUGAAGUGUAUACUACAGAAACGUUAUUACCUGGCCAUGCAACGCUUCCUCGCCGAUCUAAUUCACCCUUGCCGAAUGAAAGAGACACGCUGGAAAGAGAUCGGUUCCCAGUCAACAGAAGUGGACUACAGGCACGCUCGGAGUCCAUGGCGUCAGUGUACUCUGGUGCGGGCGAGGGGACGAGGUGUAACGUGACCGUGCGCGGGGAAGUUCAAUUCUCGUUGCUGUACAACUACAGAUUGGGCGCUCUUGAAGUCGGAGUCAAGAGGUGUCGGGACCUCGCUCCGAUCGACGCCAAGAGGAACCGCUCCGAUCCAUACGUCAAGGUUUACCUGUUGCCCGACAAAUCGAAAGCCGGCAAACGCAAAACGAAAGUGAAGAAGAACACUCUGAACCCCGUUUUCGAGGAGACGCUUAGCUUCGCGCAGACGCUGGCCUCGCUGUCCUCGCGGACACUGUGGCUGAGCGUGUGGCACGCGGACAUGUUCGGGCGGAACGACUUCCUCGGCGAGGUCUCGCUGCCGCUGGCCGACGUCGUUUUCGACGACCCCGCGCCCACGUGGUACAAGCUGCACGAGAGGACGGAACAUUUCGAUGAACAGCAAGGAACCCGAGGCGACCUCAUCGUAGGCCUCAAGUUCGAGUUGCACGAGACAGGCGCGAUGCGCGGCAAGGGCACGCUGCACGUCCUCGUCAAGGAAGCCAAGAAUCUCGUUGCCACCAAGCCGAACGGACUAGCAGAUGUCUUCUGUAAAAGCUACCUGCUGCCGGAACGAGGCCGUCUUGCUAAACAGAAGACGAGCGUGGCAAGACGCACCCUCAGCCCGCGCUGGGAGCACACGUUCACAUACCGCGGCCUCAAGCCGCAAGACCUCGCCGCCCGGGCGCUCGAGCUCAGCCUCUGGGACCGGGACCGCCUCGCCUCCAACGACUUCAUGGGAGCGGUGCGACUCUCGCUCGGCACAGGAACAUACAUGGGUGCCAACGUAAACUGGAUGGAUAGUGCGGGGAAAGAAGUUUCACUCUGGCAGACAAUGAUGGAACGUCCGAACUUCUGGGUCGAGGGAUCCUUACCUUUAAGGCCCCAACUAAUCAAUUGACUGCAACCAAUGCAAACAAACUUUUCAUAGACAUUUUUUCCUUUAAUAAUUCAGUAUUUAAUUGACAAACAUAGCCGAUUCUUGAUAUUCGGUAAAAAGAAAAUAGCAAUUAUUUUGGCAUCCUUCCUUACUUCUACAAAAUUUAUAAAUACUCUUUGAAACUUCUACUCUUCCAAGGUUUUUUCAAGUAUAGUAUUCGAAUAAGUGCCAAUACUAUUUAUUAACCUUCUUAUUUAACAUAAGAUAAAAAUAGACAUAAAAACUAAUUCUUGUAUAUUUUUUCUUCUCUUAAACCAUUCUGAUGCUCCAGCAAUACUAAAGUAUAAGCAAAAUGGGAUGGUUUUGACUUUCUAUACAUUCCAACUUGUGAUUAUAAUUCAUAAAUUAUAGCUUUAAGUGUUAAUAAUGACAAUAAAUGUUCCACUUGAAAACUGCCUGUAAGUGGCUAGAUAAGUUUUGCAUUUAAAUUUAGAUUUUAAUGUACAAAUUAAGUUAACACAAGUGUUUAAGGAUACUAGCUCCUCUAUUGAAUGUGAUUUAAGUGUAUAUUUCUUUAUUAAAAUUAUAUAACACUAAAAUAAUUGAGAUUAAAGUCGUAGAUUUGAAAUUAAAGAGACGUCCAUAGUUUUUAAAACUACUUAAGAUCUUACUUAAUGUUUAAGGUACCGGCUUACACAAUGUAACCAAUUUAUAUAAAUAUUAUACUUUGUAUUGUGAAACGAAACGAAAAUAAAUAUUUUGUAUAACAUAAUAAGACUAA